CUGUCUGGUGAGCUAAGGGUUUGGGCCCUUCUGGUUAAGCUCCGCGCCGCCCCCCGCUCCCGCGUGCUCCCGUGGUAUACUGAGGAGAGUGGGAGGGGGCCGAGGAAAGGAGGAGGUGUGAGAGGCAGAAGACCAAGAGCAUCUGGAGGAGACAUGGCUGCUAAACUGUUUGAAGCUGUUGGCAAGUUUGGCCUGGGCUUAGCUGUUGUAGGAGGAGUUGUCAACUCUGCCUUAUAUAAUGUGGAUGCUGGCCACAGAGCUGUCAUCUUUGAUAGGUUCCGUGGAGUCCAAGACAUUGUUGUAGGAGAAGGGACUCAUUUUCUCAUCCCAUGGGUACAGAAACCAAUUAUUUUUGACUGCCGUUCCCGGCCACGUAAUGUCCCAGUAAUCACUGGUAGCAAGGAUUUACAGAAUGUCAAUAUCACUCUUCGCAUUCUCUUCCGACCCGUUGCCAAUCAGCUGCCCCGAAUCUUCACCAGCAUUGGCGAGGACUAUGAUGAGCGAGUGCUGCCAUCUAUAACCACUGAGAUCCUCAAGUCAGUGGUAGCUCGAUUUGAUGCUGGAGAAUUGAUCACCCAGAGAGAACUAGUCUCCAGGCAAGUGAGCGAUGACCUCACAGAGCGAGCAGCGACCUUUGGGCUCAUCCUAGAUGAUGUUUCUUUGACACAUCUGACCUUUGGGAAGGAGUUCACGGAGGCAGUAGAAGCCAAACAGGUGGCUCAGCAGGAAGCAGAGAGGGCCAGAUUUGUAGUGGAAAAGGCUGAGCAACAGAAGAAAGCAGCCAUCAUCUCAGCAGAAGGUGACUCCAAAGCGGCCGAGCUGAUAGCCAAUUCACUGGCCACCGCAGGAGAUGGCCUGAUAGAGCUUCGUAAGCUGGAGGCCGCAGAAGACAUCGCAUACCAGCUUUCCCGCUCUCGGAACAUCACCUACCUGCCUGCUGGACAGUCAGUGCUCCUCCAGCUUCCCCAGUGAGGCCUGUAGCCCCACUGACCUACCCCACUCAGCCAUGAUCUAAUCCACAGCCUUUCCCUGCCCCCUUCCCUACCCAAAAUCACUGUGAGAUUUAAUGAUUUGGCUAUAGCAAAGGAAAUAAAAUUAAAGUCAUUUUGGGAUCUUUAAUUUCUCCAUGAGAUUAAGCUCUUUCAUUCUUUACAUCUCUCCUGUUCACCCCAAUCUUAAGUAAGAACUGCUGUCUGUCUUGAACAAGUGGCUGGGGUAACACUGCCCUCAACCCUCUGGAGAAGCACAACCAUAGUGCUUCUGGGAACAGGUCAAAGGAAGAAGGGCAGAAAGAGAUGUGCAAGUGGGCAGCUUUAAUGAACUGAUGCAGCCCGGAGCUUCCUGCCGUUUGACCAGAGAAGAUAAGAAAAGGGUGGCCCCCAGAGCUGUAGUUAGCUAUUGGCUAUGGUUAGAGAGAAGGUAGCCCUCAAUUCCAGCAUUUUGUUUAUAGACACCAGGAGGUGCCGUGGAGGCUCAGGAAGGAAACGGGCCUUCUGUUGCCAUGAGACUGAUCAUGAACUGUUGCCAUGAGACUGAUCAUGAACUAUAUGGGACUAAUGGAAGCAGAUGUGUAGAGGAUUGGUACUGACUGAGAGCUGGCCCUGCUGGAGUAUAGGGGAAAUCUCUUUUCUUUCUCCUCUACCCCAAGGUGUUCUAAGGAUGGAAUGGUUUUGGGGGGAGGGUCCUGGAGUAAGAUGGGGAUCCACCUGGAAGCUUCCCCCCCCCCCCCAUUCUCAGCCCCUUUCAAAAUGUUCAGGAGAGAACUCUCAGUCUGAGGAAUUGCAUUCAGUGCUGACUCAAUAUGCUCUCCAGUGAUGUGAGUCCUGAGUUCUGGCUCUUCUAUUCAGAGACGCUGCCCUUCUCAACAGCUAUUUGUCUCUUAUUGUGGAGGGAAUGGGAACAGCUGUGGGGGAGAGAACAAAUUGUGUAACCUGCCUUCAAUAAAUGACACCCAAAUUCCCUA